ACCUCAUCCCAACCCCGAGGCAGUCAGAUCUUUCUUCACAUCCACUGGAUGGAGAUCAUGACCGCCCGAGCUACCACCGUCGCAACCAGGCAAAAUGCCAGUGGGCCUCCUCUUCUCGCCCUCUAAUGGCCAAUUUUUGUUAUGUGAAAGGGGACGCGGAACGCGUAAAGGUGCCAUUUGAGAGAAAAACAAUCAGUGUAGAGCGCUCCCAUUGGGCGUAAGCAGUGUGCGUGUGAAUUUACAUGCAGGCUCCAGCACUUGCGGGAGCCAAUGGCGGGAGUGAUGAGCUUGUACAGCAGUUAUACCCUGCCAAGCGAACAAAACAAAAACUUGUGGCCAGGCACACGAACGCGGCUACUGGAAUCUGGCAGCUACCCGCACGGCUUCAAAAGGUUGAGAAGGGGAGGGGAUGACAGAAGAGAAGAAGAAUCAAGUAGACUGCUCCUACACACCUUUCGCUGUAUGGCUACCGGAAGAGCCUCAAACUCCUCUCGGGUCAUCUGAGGGACAAGGGCUUGAGGCUGUCGUUUUUGGAUGCUGUUUGACCUCGAAUGUCCAGGUCGCCUGUGGUUGUUUCUGAGGUAACCGUCGAUUGAGGCUCGUCCCGGCCCUGAGAGCAUUGAUAACUGUCCAUUAGACUGACUCUGAGGACGUUGCUGCCGCCUUGUCCAUCGUGAAAAGAGGGGACUGGCCGAGCGCUCGUGUUUUCCGGUUGCUGACCUGGAGCGGAUAUGAGGUCUGGGGGAUGCUGAAGUGUAGUCGGACGCGGGAGGGGGCGAGAAUCGGAUUAAAUCCGUCUCGAGUAUCGGUCCAGGCAUUGUGAUUUGAGUUUGGCCACCCUCGUCACCGUCUUCGCAGUGGUCGCCGCAAGACCAAAGGCUGGAAGUUGAUGUUGAUGGGGACAGGAAAAACGUGGAAGUGAGGAGGUGGGACUUGGUGUGAGCUGCGAUGGGUUGUCUCGGGUCGUUUGCUGCGAGGGCGUCUGCUGAGUGACGAUCUGCGUUUGAGAUGCUGUUGAAGAAAGGGAGCUGAAGACUGAAGUUGCUGUGAUCGAAGCUCAAUCUUGUCGGGGGAGUCGAGGGUUCUUUCAGGAACGGCGAAGAAACGUGGGCUGCCCUUGCUUCUGUGAUGAGCCAGGGCAUGUCAUCAACAACGCUCUGCCCCGGCGGCUCCAGGGCCAGGGCCAUCAGCCCAUUGGGAGCCGCCGGGCUUGUUCCUUUGGAAAUAGCGGGCCCCGGGGUGAUGGCAGGGGCAUCUGGGCUGUCCAUCUCGCUACUGGCUCGUGGUGGCCGAAGGCCACGAUGUCCCUGCUGGCAGAAAUCAAGGGUCCAGCCAGUUGGGCAGCCAAGACCAGACCAGGGGUUGCAAGCCAGGGCAAAAGCCCAAAACGUUCAAGGCAAACGUUUAAGGGAAAGCUGUCGUGCAAGUGAGCCACAAAAUCGUCAUUUUUGAGACCAGCCCUUUGUGAUCGUGUGCGUCAAGAAUGGGCGGUGGGAAUUGAUGGCGAUAUACUCCGGAGUCACAACUGUGAAGCUAUAUUGGAUGAGAUGGGUGAUAAUAGGGUUGGCCGAGCUCCCGUCGUCCCGUCCAAUCCCUUUCCAGCACCGAAUCGCUGUGAUGUGAUGGUGCUCCGUACUGGCGGUUGGCAACAGCCGUGAUUAUGCCGGACGUGGGUAAACAACGAUGCCUGAGAUUGAUGAGCGACGGCGGAUGGUGAUCGAACUCGCGAUAAAGACGCUGUCUUUUGGGAGGACCAUUUCUUAUCAAGUCAGCUUGACAGUUCUUGGUUCUGCAGCUCUGCAGCGCAGUCGGGUUUCAAGCUGUGAAGUGGAGGCUGGCAACACCUAUGGGCUUCAACUGAUGAAUAAGGCGCAAUUCUGGGGCACGGCAGCUACUCUUUUCUUUCCCCAGGUGGGGACGCGAAUCUGCAACAUCAUAAACAUGGUUCCUCCCUCUUUGGGCAGUUUGAGGGACGCCGACUCCGAUUCCAAACAUGUCAAGAUCUCUCCGGCUUUGGCUGACUCCGUACUAAAGAUGUACGGCAGAACAUGAUCCCAGGUCCCUGUCCUAUAUAUAUCAAGUGUCAUAACGCUGGCAUUUAUGAGGCUGCGGCAACUCACAGCACCAGCCCCGCACUGAAACGGUGUUCGAGACCGAGGCUCGCACCUUGGGGGCUGCCUCUGCCUGACCUUGAGUUUUCACAUGUCUUGUCAAGGUAUUCCCUUUCAUGGUUUUCUUCCUGUAAUAAAAUGCUUACAUAAGUAGAAAAAUGUUAGCAGUGGAAAAACUGUUAUCGAUCUCAUCAGUGAGCUGGCAACGGCAACGCGGGUUGCGGGUGAAGGUCUUCGGUAUCUCGGCUAAGGCAAAACUUUACCGCUCUUCUUUGGGUACCACUUUCAACCCGUCCGGGCUACGGAGUAUCAUUGAAGAACAUCUCCACCCUUGCGGUGAAGAGAACGGCUCAGCAAAUACCGACAACCCCCAUGCUGUUCAGCGACGCACAAGCAAUGGCGGUGUUGUGUGA